GUGAAUUGCUCCUGCACUUGCCACCGGCUUCUCUCCCAAACUGCAGCUCGGUUUUGCUUGCUAAAUUAUGGUUCCUGAUCGUCCUGUCAAUUUAGUACGUGAAUUGAGUGCUCGGUUUUAUGCGAGUGAGGUAAGUAAAUUUAUGGUAAUGCCCAUACUGUUUUAAAAGCAUGUUUUGAUUUGUUUUUGAAGUGGUGGCGGGACUAAGCCCGUUUUACAGAAGUAUAACUGAUUUGAAGUGAAAUGUUUUAUACUUUUCAUUAAAUUGAGCAUGCCUACUUGAAAUUUAAGUGACCGUCCUGAUGAUCUGAAAGUGAUUGUGAAUUAUGAUUUGCCUGUUAACUUCUACCUGUUUUGUCUCUGAUAUGGUCAUGUUAUUCAUGUGCCCGCUAGUGGGAGGUUUAUAAACGCUAGCACAUGUCGACAUGUUAGUGAAAGAGCCAGUUCAUUCAACCCUGCUAGUGGGGGUUAUACACCAGCAAAUCGUGUGUCCACCAGUGGGAGGUUUAUAAACGCUGGCCAUGACCUAUAGAGGAGACGUCUAUUUCGUGCCCGUACUGUAUCUGUUUUCGUGAUUGAAGUGAAACCGAGGACGGGGAAACCACGGGAAGUGACGAGUUAGAAAGCUAGCCAUUUCGAGAUUGAUAUAGAUUCUAGAAAUCAUGAUCUUGUAAGCUAGAGUGUAUUUGGAGACUUAUGAUAUUAGAGCAAAUUAUGAAAUUUGAUCUUCAGAUUUUGAUGGUAUCAGAUUGUGGUGUGAUAAGUUUCGAGCCUUGUGCAUUUGUGGGACCCGUCUCACGAGUGCACGGCGUCUACCACGUCCCCGAAUUUGGGUUCUGGGUUAAAGAUGACAGAUGAUCGUCGUUGGAUGUAUAGACGACGAGGUCCUCGUGGAGAUUAUGAUGGCGAAUUCUUUAAUGGAUUACAACAGUUUUUUGAUUUCGUAUAUAGUCGUCCCGGUGUCCACCCGAAUGCCAAAAUUCGUUGCCCCUGUAGUAAAUGUGGAAAUUUACCUCACCACAAUAGGGCAGUUGUAACAGACCAUCUCUUGAGAUAUGGUUUCAUGGAUGCAUAUUCUGUGUGGUGGGCACAUGGUGAAACUUUAAGUAACAAUGUUGAUCCAUGGUUUGCCGCAAGUGAUGUGGCAUCCUCAAGCAAUAUUGAGGAACAUGGUAAUGCUGAGGAUGAUUUCCAUCACAUGGUUUAUGAUGCAUUCUGUCCAUCUGAGAAUGAUCGCCAUAGAAAUGAAACAGAGUUUGCAUCUAAAAAUGUUGGAGAUACGCCAAAUAAUAAUGCACAAUCUUUUUAUGACUUGUUUCGUGCUUCAACCAUCCCGCUUGGACCAGCAUCUAAUAACCAAACAUUGCUUGGUUGGUUAUCAUAUAUGCUUCACACCAAAGCCAAAAACAACAUAAGUGGUGUUGGUUACAACGAGAUCAUUCAUGGCUGUAGGAAAUUGUUAAGUCCGGAAGAUCAGCAAAAAGUACCGUCAAAUUUUUAUGAACCAAAGAAAUUUAGGAAAAGCCUAGGUUUAGGCUAUGUCAAAAUUGAUGCAUGUGUCAACAACUGCUUUCUGUAUUAUGGUGAAGAGGCUAAGUCACUUACUGCUUGUCCAGUUUGUGGUGAACCUAGGUAUAAAAGACGCAACUCGGCUCAAACUGGAAAAAAGGAUAGGCCAAGGAAUUCUUUGUGGUAUCUACCCAUUAUUCCACGCCUACAGAGGCUGUACAUGUCUCGUAAAACCGUUGAGCAUAUGACAUGGCACCUUAAAUGUCGUGUUGACUCAGAGAUCCUCAUUCAUCCAGCUCAGUCUAAUGCUUGGAAGCACUUUGAUGAUGUUCAUCCUUCAUUUGCAGCUGAUCCGCGAAAUGUCCAGGUUGGUCUUGCAACAAACGGGUUUAACCCAUGGGGUCACUCUUCGAGGUCAUAUUCCUGUUGACCUGUUUUCAUUGUUGUUUACAAUCUUCCUCCUGAAAUGUGCAUGCGACCUGAAUUUACAUUCCUGACACUUGUUAUUUCUGGGUCAAAGAGUCCAGGAAAAAAUAUUGAUGUUUUCC